AUGCAGGAGACCUUAACCCAGCAUCCAGAACCACCUAAGGAGGUUUUUGUAGCUCAGCCUCCAGUAUAUCAGAACCCAAUAGUUCCAGCACCAGAUCAGGAUCACACUGAGCCUCCAACAUCACCCAGUGUCAGAGUUCAACCUUUAGACCAGGGGCUUACCACAACUCCAGAACCUACCAUGGAGGCUGCACAUUUCACACCCCUGCAGGAGACUAUAGUUCCUCCAACAUACCCCGAGGUGACACUUCCAAAUCCAGAGCAAGUUCAGGCUCAGCAUCCAACCUUGACUGAGGUCACAGUUCAACCUUUGAACUUCUUACUUAUGUUAACUCUGGAAUCCAGUAUGGAAGUUGAACCUUCUCCAACCAUGCAGCAGACCCAAGCUCAGCCUCCAGAGCUCAUUAAGGAAGUUGUAGCUCAGUCUCCAUUGUAUCCCAAGGUGACAGUUCCAGCACCAGAUCAGGAUCAUGCUGAGCAUCCAACCUCACCCAGUAUCACAGUUAAACCUUUGGAUCUGGAGCUUACCACAACUCCAGAACCUACUACAGAGUGUGAACAUUCUACAGCCCUGCAGCAGACUACAGCUCCCCCUCCAAAACACCCUGAGGUGACACUUGCACAGCCAAACCUGACUCAAGUCACAAUUCAACCUAUGGAUGUAGAACUUACCGUUACUGCAGGAUCCAAUAUGGAGACUGUACCUUCUCCAAUCAUGCAGGAGACCCCAACCCAGCCUCCAGAGGCACCUCAGGAGGUUGUAGUUCAAUCUCCAUUCCAGCAGGAGGUGACAGUUCCAACUCCAAGUAAGGAUCAAGGUCAGCAUUCAACAUCAUCCAGCGUCAUAGUUCACCAUGUGGACCUAGAGCAAACCACAACUCCAGAACCACUAUGGAGGCUGGAUUCUACAUCCCUACAGCAGACUACAGCUCCCCCUCCAAAACACCCUGAGGUGACACUUGCACAACCAAACCUGACUCAAGUCACAGUUCCACCUGGGGACCUGGGAGUUAACAUAUCUCAGCAACCAAGGCCAUCUGAGACAGUUCUUUUUCCUUCGACUCAGUAUUCAGUAUCCACAGGUCUUCCUGGUGUAAAAUAUACCCCAGAAAAGAAGCAGCCAGAACAGAACGCCACCACAAACAUCAGCAUAUGUGAGCUCUGUACCUGCAAAAAUGAGACACUGUCAUGUGUUGUUCUCAGCCCAAAGCAGAAGCUCCACAGAGUGCCUGAGCCAGAGCCUAACGCCUACAACAGCACCUUCACCAUCAUGUAA